AUGGGCCGCUUAAUUAAGAACCACUGGGCGCGCCUGAUUGUCCUCACAGCAUCAGCCUACCAAGUAGGAAGCGCAAUCGAAGCCUUCAUCUGGCCGAAGAUUUUCUGGGACACUUGGACACGGAACCUCGAUGGCGCCGUCACACCCGUUCCGGUCCUCCAGAUUCUCAACCUCAUAAUGGGUCUCCUGGGAGUCGCUUGGGAAUGGCCAUUGAAGUAUCUGGCGGGGACAAUGCCGCAUCGCAGCAUCGAGUUCCGAUUGCUGCUCUACCCGCUCAGCUCAAUUUUGGCGGCGCUCAUAUACCAGGGCACAAAUGCGGCAAUCUACUAUCUUGUUGGGAUCGCCGUUUACUUCUGGGCGUAUAGUGAGGGCGAGGUUAGUUUUCACUUCAAGCAUUGGGUGUGA